GUCCGUCGGGGAACAAUGACGUCCCUCCGCCGGCCUCUUGCAUCCGGGGCCCGGCGCCGGCCGGGCAGGCGGGCGGGCGGGGGGAGGAGAGGAGGCGGCGGCGGCGGCGGGGGGAGCAGCGAGCGCCUCCGGGUCACACGGGGACCGGCACCGCCCCUGUGCCGCGGCCGGGAGCCGCUAGAGGGGGCUCGGCGACCCCCGGGCCGGGCGCGGGGCUCUCGCGGGCUGCGGCUGUGCCGGUCCCCGUGCCGAGGGAGGGGAGGGSACUCUCCGCUCCCCGCCGCGGACCUUCACUGCGAGCCCCUGCCCUCCCGUCCCCGCCUCCCGGGCCGAAGGUUUCCCUAUCGGCUUUAUCCCUCCGGUUCAUGCUUUAUCGCUCGGCGCUCAAAGAGCGGCCAUAAACGCUGGCCCGGCCCCCGGAGCCGCCCACGGGGAGGCGGGCAGGCCCCGCGGGCCGGAGCGGAGGAGCCCGGCAUGUGGGGGCCCGGGCGGGCUGCGGGCCUGCGCUCGCCACCGCCCGCCAUCGAGUUCCCUGAGGAGGGCCCCGAGCCGCGCUUUGACGAAUCGGAUGUGCCGGCGGAGCUGCGAGUUGCAAACGGGUCGCAAAAAUUUGUGAAGUUCACUUCGACCAUCCAAAAUCAGCUGCUGCUCGUGUCGCUGCUGGAGCAUCUCUGCCACAUGUACACGCACAACCCCGUUCAUUCCAGGUGUUUGUUCCGAAUUCUUCGUCAGGCUUUCACAAGGACAGGGUUGCUCUCCCCUUUUGCCUUCUGUGAUGAAUUUAGUACUGUAAGACUGCAGCACAACAGAGCCAUUACUGAACUGAUGAAAGCAGCUAAUCAACAAAUACUUAACGGGGAACUUGAUAACGGAGAGUCUCAUGCAAUUGGGGAAAAAGAAAUUCUCUUUGAAGCACAGACUUCACGAUACUUGAAUGAAUUUGAAGAGGUUGCGAGGCUGGGAAGAGGAGGAUAUGGCAAAGUGUACAAGGUCAGAAACAAGUUAGAUGGUCAGUUCUACGCUAUUAAAAAAAUCAAAAUUAAGAAGGCUACAAGAAGAGAUUGCAUGAAGGUGCUCCGAGAAGUSAAGGUGCUGGCUGGGCUGCAGCAUCCCAAUAUUGUUGGCUAUCACACUGCUUGGAUGGAACAAGUUCAAGCAGUACAUCCAAAAGGUAAAACAAUAAUGGAGUUGCAGCCGUUGUCUUUGGAGCAAGAGAAUAGCAAUGAUCACUGUCACAUCCAGAGUGUGGAAAGUGGCAGUUCAAUUAUCUUUGCUGACCUUACCUCACAAGAAAAGCAGUCCUGUGACAGUACCAGUCUUGAAAAUGUGGGCAGAGAAUCAGUGCAGAAUAUGGAUGUAAGGAAUGACUUUACAAACAGCAAUAGUAAAGAGUGUGUGAAACCCAAUAAAUGYGAAUUAUCCAUAGAACUACAAGGAGACUUUGUAAAUAAUGUUAACAGUUUAUCAGUUGAUGUGGAAAAUCAUUCAACAUGGGAACCUCAUUCCAGUGUGAAUCAAGAUGCUAGCACUGAGAGUCAGUCCUCUGAAAGCAAGUCCUGCUCUGAAGAAUGCUCCAAGAAUGAGGUAGCACUCUGUGGGGAGUUUGAGGUGGAGUAUCAUUUAAUGCUUCAUAUACAAAUGCAGUUGUGUGAAAUAUCCCUGUGGGAUUGGAUUGUUGACCGUAAUAAAAGAUGCAACAAGGGAUCAGAGGACACUUCUAGUCCAUAUCAUCUCGUGGAUGUUGGCUGGACAAUGAAAAUUUUCCAGGAGGUGGUAGAAGGAGUUUGCUAUAUCCACAGCAUGGGAGUGAUGCAUCGAGACAUUAAACCUAGAAAUAUCUUUCUACACGGAUCAGAUCAGCAGGUAAAAAUAGGUGACUUUGGAUUAGCCUGCAAAGAUCUUCUUUGGGAUGAUGCAAACCAGUUGCAGACAGAAAGGUUUCAGACAGAAAGGAUAAAUGGACAGGCUCAUACUUCUGGAGUGGGGACCUGCCUCUAUGCCUCACCAGAACAACUGCAGGGAUCUCACUAUGAUUUCAAGUCAGACAUGUACAGCAUGGGUGUUAUCCUGCUAGAACUCUUCCAACCAUUUGGAACAGAAAUGGAAAGGACKGAAGUUCUUACACGUUUAAGGACUGGCCAAAUUCCUCAUACUUUCUACAAGAAAUGGCCYACUCAGGCCAAGUAUGUGAAACUCCUGACCAGUGAGAGAGCUACAGAGCGYCCCACAGCAGCUCAGCUUCGGGACAGUGAACUCUUCCACACCACAGACCAGGUUAUUUCUAACCUCCARCUGAAGGUGAGACAGCAAGAAGAAGAAAUAGAGAAGUUGAGGGAGACAAUAAGACUGCUUUCUGAAGAGCACGAUGAACAAACGAGACUAGGCUCUCCUGUUUAAGKACAGGAUGAACUAAAUUCUAUUCUGUGUUAAGUUAUAUAAAAUGUUUCUUUUUUACAUAAAAUAUUUCAAUGCCUUUUCAUUUUGCUGUCUUAUUCUUAAAAGGUGUUUAUCCUUUUGCCUUCRCCAGAGGCUUCUGAGAAAGAAAUCAUGUUGCACUGGAAAA